UACCACAUUGUAUGCCAAUGAUUUUACUACCAUGAUCUCUGUGGGCUUGUUUUCUCUGUUAUUCCUUGUGAAUUCUUUGUUUUGGUUAAAGACUGCACCUUGUGGCAUUUCAACACACAUUGAGAUAGCAUACAGAGCACUGGAACACUUCAGCCAGACUGAAGGAAACUAUAAUUACAGAGAGCUUUUACAGAAACAUCCAGAAGCUUUCCAGGCAGGGAGUGUAUAUCCUGAUGCUUUUUACCAAAAUAUUUGUAAGAAUGGAAAAUAUAAUGCGCUGUCUGAAGAUUCGCACUGGACACCUUUCCUGAAGACCAGUAUUAAUUAUAUCAGAAAAGUCUAUCCACGGCCAUGGAACGAGGGUGCCCAGAAACUGGUUGCUUUUCUGUUUGGCAUUGCAUCCCACAUGGUGACUGAUGUGAGCUGGCACAGCCUGGACAUUGACCAAGGAUUCCUUAGGGCUAUGGGUGAAAUUGACUUUCAUGGUUCAUACAAAGAUGCUCAUCACGCUGGUGACUUUGGAGGUGAUGUGCUAAGCCAAUUUGUACUUGAUUUUGGAUACCUGGAAUCAAAAUGGUAUAUACCAGUAAAGGACCUUGUUAAUAUAUAUAAGGAGUUCUACGGCAAAGAUGUAAUAGAAGACAACACAAUCAUUGACUGCACAUACAUACUAUUUCUUCAGAUGUAUGGAGAAUCUAUCGCUGUCUCAAAGCUUUUUCCCAACUAUGCAAAACAAUCUCCAUUCUUGGUGGAGAGGUUCCAGGAGUAUUUUCUUGGUGGUGUCGAUGAUAUGGCAUUUUGGUCGAUAAACGUUUUCCAAUUAAUUAGCUUUAUGUUAGAUAAUGGUACUAGUGACUGCUACAUUCCAGAAAACCCAAUUUUCAUGCAGUGCAAUGGUCAGAAAAGACAGAGCAAUACACGAGGGAAAAUACGUUUCCAGAAAGAAGAGUCCUUCGAAAACUCUGAUCCUUCCAUCAUGACGUCAGUUGGAGCCCAUAACAUUUCUGUGGACACUGGAGUCUUCUUUCACAUGAAUUCCUGGGCAAAGAAUUCCAUGCAGCUGCUAGCCAAUUCCACUCUGUCAAUGGACUUGAGGUGGAUGUUUAAUUCUGUUGAUCAAAAUAAUGACUCUAUGCCUUCUGCCAUCUACUUUGUGACUACUCCAUAUGCUAGACUUGGGUGGACCAUGACCACAGCUGAUCUCAACCAAGAUGGUUUAGGAGAUUUGAUAAUAGGAGCUCCAGGUUAUAGCAUUAUGGGACAAGUUCAAAUAGGUCGUGUGUACGUUGUCUAUAGCAAAGAAACAGGAUUGCCUUCUGUCAAUAUGGACCUUGAUAAGGAUGCUGAUGUUCUGCUGCAAGGUAUUGAGCAAUCAGGCAGAUUUGGUUCUUCAGUGGCCGUGCUGGACUUUAAUCUUGAUGGACAUCUGGAUUUGAUUGUAGGAGCUCCAUCAGUAGGGUCCAAAUAUCUCACAUACACUGGUUCCGUGUAUGUCUAUUUUGGGUCAAAGACAAAAGGCUUCUCCUCCUCACCAAACAUUACCAUAACGUGCAGGUUCACAUAUUGUAACCUUGGCUGGACACUCCUGGCUGCAGAUAUGAAUGGAGACAGAAAGAAUGAUCUCGUUAUUGGAUCCCCAUAUGCUCCAGGUGGUGGGAAGCAGAGGGGAGUCGUGGCUGCAUUUUAUUCACAGAGAAGGAGGAACAGGCUCUCUGUAGAAGAUGCAGAAUGGAGUGUUACUGGGGAACAUAACUAUGCCUGGUUUGGUUACUCUCUCUAUGGCCAUAAAUUCAAGAAGAUUACAUUGUUAUUGGUCGGUAGUCCAACAUGGAGCAGCUGCAAAAGCAAUGAAUGUGAUUAUCCUGGUACUAGCUCACAGAGUAUGGGGAAGGUUUAUGGUUUUUAUCCACCAAGCAAGAAUAUAUCUUUUGUGUUACUCGGUGAUACAGAGCAGAGCAAACUUGGCUCAUCAUUUGCCAGUGGAACUUUAUCAAUCAAUGGGAUUCAUAAACAAAUACUGCUGGUUGGAGCGCCAACUCAGGAUACAAACGCCAGGCUUGCAUUCAUCCCGCAAGUGGUGCACCAUGCUGGCGCAGUGAAGGUGUAUGAAAUAAAUGCUGGAAUAGUUCCAACACUUCUAGGCACUUUGAGUGGGAACAGGCAGUUUUCUCGCUUUGGAGCAAGCUUACAUUUGAGUGAUCUAGACAAUGAUGGCCUUGAGGAAGUCAUUGUGGCAUCACCUGCAAAGUCUGAAGAUAUACAAUCUGUUUUCUUUGGCUCUCAAGCCGGACGUGUUUAUAUCUACAAUGGAAAUAUUACAUCUCCAAGUUUCCUGUCCAAACAGUGCAAGUCCUGGGUUUUUCCAUGCCCGAAGGAUUGGGCCCAGAAUGAAUUCAUCUCUCCUGAAGAAAAAUCAACCUUUGGAACAUCUGUAAUCACAGUGAAAUCAAGACAAACAAAACAAGUAGCAAUAGGAGCUGAAAGUUCUUUGCAUGCAAGACUUGCUGGUGUCAUCUAUUUGUAUAAUUUUAAUUAAAAAUAAGAAUAUAUAAUAA